CAGUCACUCUCUUCAGUUCAGUCAGAUCUGUGCUGCCAUGUAUCUUUCACUUGUCCUGCUGGGGCUAUGCAUUUGUUUCAUCAUCCUUCAACUGAGGCCCAGGAGGCCCAAGAACUUUCCACCAGGACCCCCUGUCCUGCCCAUCCUGGGGAACACUUUGUACCUAAACCUGCAGAACCCCUUGGACGACUUGGAGAAACUGAGGAAGUCGUAUGGAGAUGUCUACAGUCUGUUCCUCGGUCUUAAACCAAACGUAGUCAUCAAUGGGGUGAAGGCUAUGAAGGAGGCUAUGGUGAUCAAGGCUGCUGAAUUUGCUGGACGACCUCAAGACACAUUUCUUAAUGAUGUGUUCAGCGUAAAAGGAGUGCUUUUUGCAGAUUAUGGCACUAGCUGGAGGGAGCAUCGCCGCUUUGCACUGAUGACUUUGAGGAACUUUGGUCUUGGGAAGAAGUCGAUGGAGGAGAGAAUUCAUGAUGAGAUUCAACACACCAUUAAAACACUGGAUAAAAGCAUCGGCAAGUCUCUUUGUCCUCAAGUUAUGUUUCAUAAUGUGACUUUCAACGUCAUCUGCCAAGUUGUUUUUGGUACACGCUUUGAGUAUGACGAUGAGUUCAUCACAACAAUUAUUCAGUCCGCCACAGAGAUUGCAAAGACCGCCAAUAGAACGUGGGCAAUGCUGUAUGACACACUUCCCUUUAUUCGUAAGUUGCCGCUGCCCUUCAACAAGGCCUUCGAGAGUGUCAAGCGUUCUUCUGAACUUGUACGUUGUUUGUUGAAUGAGCACAAAAAGACCAGAGUCCCUGGAGAGCCUCGAGACUUUCUUGACUGCUACCUGGAUGAAAUGGAUAAGACAGCAGAGGAUUCUUCAUUUUCAGAGGAGAAGCUAAUAUUUACUGGUACAGAACUUCUGUUUGCUGGGAGUGACACGACCUCCAACACCCUGCUUACUGCUUUCCUUUACCUUAUGAACCACCCACACAUACAAGAACGAUGUCAGCAGGAAAUAGACCGGGUGUUGGAAGGGAAGGAUCGGGCCUGUUUUGACGACAGGCACCAGAUGCCGUAUGUGCAGGCUGUGGUCCAUGAGUCGCAGAGGAUUGCCAACACUCUUCCACUCAGCAUCUUCCAUUGUACGACAAAAGACUCAGAACUCAUGGGAUAUUUCAUUCCAAAGGGUACGAUGAUCAUCCAGAACAUGAGCUCAGUGCUGAAUGAGGAGGGACAGUGGAAAUACCCUCAUGAAUUCAAUCCUGAGAACUUUCUCAAUGACCAGGGAGAGUUUGUCAAACCAGAUGCCUUCAUGCCUUUCUCUGCAGGUCCUCGGAUGUGUCUCGGAGAGGGUCUGGCUCGUAUGGAGCUCUUCCUCAUCAUGGUGACUCUGUUGAGGAAGUUCAAGUUCAUCUGGCCUGAGGAUGCAGGAGAACCUGAUUAUACUCUCAUCUUUGGGAUCUCUAUGACUCCCAAACCGUAUCCCAUGAAGGUCCAAAACAGGCUUUAAAUUGCACUAAUUUGUGUGAAUUGUCCAAUAAAAAAAACUUUCAUUGACCAAACUCAACAUCAAACACUGAAUGAAACACACAUAUAGAAUACACAGAGGCCUUAUUUCUUGUAGUGUCAAUGAAAAUCAUACAAAUUUUGUUGUUUAGCGUGACUCAAAUGUUAAAUUAAAUGUUGAAGGUUUUCAUUUGGGAAUAUUUUGUCGAACGACUGUGUAUCAAAUCAGAAAAAUGCUCUCAUCAUUAUACUUGACAAAUCAGGCCUGUCACUUUUUGCUUCUGGCUUUUGGUUUCACUUUCUGCUAAAUUACUCUGUGCAACUCAGGUCGUCAUGGAAAUAGUGCAGAUUGACUCAGAUGAACACAAACUGAGAGUUUAUCAUUAAUUUGAUGAAAAUAAUGGAAGUUUUUUUGUGUGUGUGUUACAGUUAAGAGUAAACCUAGUGAAUUAUGAUCCAAGUUGGGUGGUUGAAUAAUAUAUCAAACCAUCAGUCUGUGCCACCCUUUCGUACAAAUAUAGGUUUCGUCCUAAUCAUCAAAUAUAGUAUGGUUCUUAUGUUUAGACCAUCUCAUUUCUCCUCAUCUUGAAAGCCUUUUCUUUCGUAUGGGGGAAAUAGAAAAUGCAUAAAACCUCCAUUUGUGUAUCAUUUCUAUCAAUCGGAUUUAAGUUUCUGACCUGUGAGAGUCAUUUUCUUUGACAAUUAAGAGUUUUCAAACUGUCUUUUAUCAUACAUUAUAGCUUUCAUUUCUGGUGUUACUUGUUUUUACCCAUCAAUGCUUUAUUUCUACAUUUAAUGACAGGAAAAUAUUUGUCACUAUGAGCUCCUGCUGGUUGAAUGGGACUAACAGAAUUAGCAAUGCAAGAGCAAAAUUUAAAAUUCUGUAAAUUGUGGGAAAUGGUGUGUUAUAUAAUUUGCUAAGUGUGCAUAUUAAAGAGUUAUAUUGGUUCUGAGGAAUAGGAAGGUCAAGAGCAUCAUUACCACGGUGUGAUUGGAAUGAAACAAAGAAGAAAAGUCCAGAAUCAAUAAGAAGGAGCUUAUGCUUUAUUCUACUUAUUACUCAUGUGAUUGAAUGCAAGGAUGAUCAAGACAUAAAGUGAUUGAUAAUCAAAGUACAGACAGUUUUUGAUAAUAAAGGUACAGAUAGUUUUUGACAUAAGCCAUAAUCAGUAAAGAACAUGAGCUUGUUGUGUGUGCAGUCUCUAAUCUUGCUUUGCAGCGGUGAAGUCAUUCCUAUGUGAGCGAUAAUGACAAAACAUCAGCUGUGACAGAGGAGAGCGGCCAGCCUAGAUAGAUAGCUAUACACACUGUAUAAUAUAAGAAGACUGGGUCAGGAACAGUUAGCAGUCUGAUUCCAUCCGAACUGACUGAACACUUGUUGUUGGUUAGGGACAGAGGAUUCAGGCCCAGAGCUCUGUAUCGCACAUUCAAUUUUGCUGUAAUAAAUACUUUUGAUUUUAAGAAGAA